AUGAGUGGCACUCCCCUCCUUCCGUCUGCUUUUCCUCAGACGCCCAAGACACUUCCAACUAGAAGGAGAUUGUUUGAGACUCCAAGGUCUCAGCCUCGUGAUCUGCGCGAGAGAAGAUCGAGGUCGCCCGCAAAAUCUCCAGCGAAGACGCCUAAGCAGCCACUUAAAACACAGAGCUCCAGCUCCAGCUCCAGCACGCCUCUCGUCUCCGUCGAUUUGAUCGAUGCGCCCUCACAACGGCUGUAUGUGGUAGCUUUUUACCUUGCUCUCAAUGCAUGGCGCGUGUAUGAGUCGUGGACGGCGUCUGACGAGCUGGACUCGACAUGGUUAUUUUUGAAAUGGAUUUCGGUAGAUGGGUUGUUUCUCUUCGGCUUGCAAGCCCUGCGCAUACCAUGGUUGGAAUGGGCAUUUCCCACCACUUUGGCUAUGUUCCUGUUACAUGUUGUGGGCAAUGCCUUUUUGAUGUUUCAAAUCCCUAUCCCUCUAGGUGCAUGGCUUGGUGGGAUGGUCAAGGUUGCUUAUGAUCGCGAAUUGUCCAUCUCGGAGCGCAAGGUCAAACCGGGCGACAUCAUUCAUAAUGCAUCAUUGAUUUUGGGUAAACAGAUCGUGCACAUUCUUCCUGAAGGCUCUGCCAUUCUGAACCCGGAGCGAGAGGCACUCUGUCUUGACUCAUCGAAGAAUACAGUUAUCCUACCAAUCCGCGUGAAUCAGACAGACCCUGUCCUCAUCGAAGUCCUUCGCCUUGAUCUGCAAACUGGCGAGAACGAAACGUUGACGAUUCCGUCAAAGCAAUUGAAGCAAAUCAAGAAGCAGGCGGAAAAGCGACAUGCAUCUCUGGACCCUGUUCCUUACCGAGAUCUCCAUAUUCCUAUCAAGAAGACCGGUAUCUAUCGCCUGCAGCGGGUAGUGGAUGAAUCUCAGCUGGAUGUGCGUACGCGUACCUCUGAUGCUUUGGUGGUCACCUGCCCACGAGCUCUGAUCAAGAACUCUCAUACCGAUAAAUGUCGAGGCGAAUUGUCUAAUCUAGUGCUGGAAGUUGAAGGUACUCCUCCUUUGAAGAUCAAGUACAGCCGACAGGUGAACUACCAUGACCGGGGAUUCUCUUUCCAAAACAUCCAGCCGGAUAACUUGCGCUCCCCUCUCCUCAACCAGAAGCCAAGCGGUGCUCUUUUCAGUCUCAACCAACCCGAUAUCUCAUGGGCCCAGAGCCAGAAGAUUGAAGUACCGCUGAAUGAGUCUCUUAAUGUAGGUGGUGAAUGGUUCUACGCUAUCGAGGAAGUUCACGAUGCUUGCGGUAAUGUUGCCAACUAUUCCAGCAUCUUUGAGGACUCUGAAAGACCAUCGACCAAAUCGUUAUCUCAGUGGCAUCAGUUCUCGGUUCACGAGCGCCCACGCGUAUCCUUGUCAGGAUGCAAUGACCAGCGCCCGCUGGAGGUUGCCCGCGGAGAUAGCGUUCAUCUACCAGUCAAGUUCCAAUCUGUUGGCAAUGGAUAUAACAGUGACGGCCCCUUUUCCAUUGUGUACACGUACAAGAGCAGCAUCGAACUCGAGGGUGAGGAGGGCUUGAAUGAGAAGUCUCUCACUCUGAAGUCUCUGGACCAGAAGUCGCCCAUCAGAGAGCCAGGAUGGUACACAUUAGCAUCGGUUGCCAGUCAAUUCUGCCCCGGUGAUAUCAUGGAGCCUUCUUCUUGUUACUUGCACAACCCGCCUGAGCCUGAAGUAUCCGUCAAGGCUGAGAAGGUAUUUGAUCGGUGUGCGAACAAUGCAGUUGGCCUCCUCGUGGACUUGGACUUGACGGGAUCUCCACCAUUCCGUCUCCGUUACAGCAUCGAAAGCUCCAAGGGAGUAAUUACGAGAACCCAGCAUAUCGAAGGACUACGGACUCAGUUGGAUUUCACCCCUUCAGAGGCUGGAUUCUACCGCUACCGAUUCCUGGAUCUCGAAGACUCUGUGUAUUCCCCAAGGUCUCUCAAGGACAAGCUGCCGCCUCUGGAGCAGGAUGUCAAGCCCCCUGCCUCUGCCCACUUCCUUGGUUCAAGAGAGGUACGCAAAGCCUGCUUUGGUGAGUCUGUCUCAGUAGACCUGGCUUUCUUGGGAGAAGGACCCUGGACCCUUCAAUAUGAACUCCUUCACAAUGGCAAGAGGACCAAGCAUGCUCUUGAAUCGGAUACCGAGAUGGCUACGAUCACAACAGAUAGACUACUCAACGGUGGCGAGUAUACCCUUGCCCUGACUAGCGUCAAGGACAAGUCCAACUGCAAGCGAGCCCUGAAAGAAACUCUAAGGAUCAAUGCUCGGUCAAAGCCCCCUCACGCUGCCUUUGGCCAGAUGGAUAAGAAACGGACAGUGUCCGCCAUGCAAGGCUCAAAGAUUGAGAUUCCGUUGAGGCUGAGUGGUGAACGACCAUGGGUAGUGAAAUACAAGAACGUGGAUGUCGACAAGACACCCAUUGAGAAGACUUUCUGGGACGGCAACAGCAUUUUUACUGUGGAUCAAGAAGGUCUCUAUGAGCUUCUGGAAGUCCACGACAGUUCAUGCACCGGCUAUGUUGAUCAAACUGCUAAGGAGUUCGAAGUCUUUUGGAUUCCACGUCCCCAAGUCACCGCUGUUGAUGGAUCUCCUGUUGGAUCGACCGGCAAUUAUGUCAAGCCGGAAGUCUGCCAGGGCGACGACGACAACCUUGAGCUUCGUCUGUCUGGAAAUCCGCCAUUCGCUUUCCAGUAUGAACAACGACGAAAGACCGACCGUGGAGCCUCUUCUGCUCGUACCAAGAAUAUCCGGACUGCUCUGAAUGUAGUGUCAACUGAGAUGGAUACCUCAGAGCCUGGCCAAUACACCUAUAAGUUCACUAACAUCGGUGACAAUCUCUACGACCAUGACCCGAAGAGUAGUGGUUUGGUUGUGACACAGAAGGUCAACUCGCUCCCAACUGCUCGAUUCGAUUCUCCUGGCCACAUUUACGGCUUCUGUAAGGAAGAUGCGAAUGGCGAGGAGACAAUUCCGAUCACACUCGAGGGUGUUCCACCCUUCUCGCUGGAGAUCACCAUUAAGCAUCAUUCCAACGCUAAGCCCGAGAUUGUAUCUAUUCCCAAGAUCAAUUCGAACCGUCAUAAUCUGGCUAUCCCCCGACGUCAUCUGGAUCUUGGUCAACACGUCAUCAGCAUCCACAAGGUCCGCGAUUCUCGUGGCUGCCAGAGAACUACUGAGUACGAUUCUUCCUCUGUUCGGGUGGCUGUUUCCGAUGUACCCACCAUCAUUCCUCUUGAAUCCAAGGCCGACUACUGUGUGGGUGAGCGACUAUCGUUCUCGCUGUCAGGACAUGCUCCCUUCGAGGUCUUCUAUACCUUCAAUGGAGCCCAGCGAAAGGCCACUUCUCAGAACACCAAUUUCCGUCGUAUUGCUGAGCGUGCUGGUGAUUUUACAAUCACUGCCGUUGGUGAUGGAGCUAGCGGGAAAUGCAAGGCACACAAGGAUAUCACAAAGGUUAUCCACGAGAUGCCCAGUGUGCGGAUCAGCAAUGGACAAGUAUCUGUAGUCGAUAUUCACGAAGGUGGAGAAGCUGAGCUUCACUUUGACUUUUGGGGCACGCCGCCAUUUGAAUUCACGUACAUUCGAAGCUCCAAUGCCCGUAAGGGCAAGAAGUCCGAGGUCCUUGACAUCAAGCAUGAUAUUUCGUAUGAGCAUCGCAAGACUGUCAAGACCUCUGAUGAAGGUACCUACGAGGUUGUGGCGAUUAAGGACAAGUUCUGUUCGUUUUCCUCUCAGGUUCCGACAGGCAAGUCUAGCCGUGGUUCUUCAUGA